AUGAAAAAAUCUCCUCCACAUCAAAAAAAAGAGAAAAGUCUCGAAAAACCAGGAGAUCAAGAUAAACAAGAGAAAUUCGAAAAAUCCCAUAAAACCCUUUAACCUCUAGAUAAAGUUAGAAUACCUAGGAAUGUGAACUUUUAUCUCCACUUUCUAUAACAUCCAGAAAUCACAGAAAAUGAUAUUGAAUGGGUUUUACAACUUAGACAUUGGGAUGCUGUAUGUCUAUUUUAUAUUAAAUAUCUAGAAUAAAAUGAAAGAGUUACUUAGUAAAAUACCUAAUCAACCAUAUUCUCUUGCUGAUAAAAAAACCAUAUUCUCUGAAAAAAAGCAUGACGUGUAGGAUAUCAAAAAUAAAGACAAUGUUGCUAGUUUUAUGCAUUUACUUAAUCAUCGUUUAGGAUUGAGUGCAUCUGGAAGUUUAGCAGAUUUUGAAACUGGAUUGAGAAGAUAUCAAGAUAAAGAUGAUAAUCUUAGCAAAAGAGAAAAAGGAUGGUGGUAUAUACCAAAGAAGGAUCGACAUGAUUUUCCAGAAUUUCCUAAACCUUAUAAAGAAUAGAUGGAACUUAAAAAAUCAUUCAGUACUGGCAAGUUUAAUACUAUGAAAUUUACAUACUCUGGUUUUGAAGGAAUGCAAGAACUACCACCAUAUACCAUGAAAUUUAAGCAAGGUAAUUGUGGAAGUGUUAAACAUUUAUUUGGUCCAGAUGUCAGAAUGUCUCAAGGAUAAUGGGAAGAAGGAUUAAGAGAUUCAUAUAAUAAGAGAAUGCCAUAAUAAAAUCGAAAUAAAGAAGAGAAUAAAAACAAAAAGAAAUUAGAUCCAAUCAAGAAAUGA